CGCCAACCGGCGACAGCCUGGCGCACGUUGUUCUGUUUGCGAAGACUAGGUCCGGAAUCAUCGCCAGCCACCAGCCCGUUCCCCUUCUUUUGUUGCUGUCCCUCCGCGGGAUCCCAGCGCGGCGGAUACGGCGGGGGCGGCUGACGGCCUUUUUCCAGCACUUCUUCGCCUCCCAGUCGGCGGCUACACGGAGGAGACUGUUGGAGACAGCGGCUCUUCCUUCUACGAAAACCUUGUCGACGAGCCCAGCGGGGUUUCUUGGCGACUAUUCUGUUCCUAUUAAGAAAAAGUCAGCGACGUGCAUAUAACGGGGGGUGAUAGGAGAAAGCCAUUGAAAGAAAGAGGGAGGGACUGAGAUCUCAGCGAAGGUGGGAGGAUGAAGGGAGGAGGAGCAUCGAAGGAGGUCGGCGAGCAGGCGCCGCUGCCUGCACGGCGGGAGAGCCGGCGGUUGCCGGACUUCUUGCAGAGCGUGAACCUUAAAUACGUUAAGCUGGGCUACCACUACCUUAUCACCCACCUGCUGACCCUGCUGUUGAUACCUCUGAUGGUGGUGGUCCUCUUGGAGGCGGCGCAGACUGACCCGGAUGACCUCCGACAGCUAUGGCGCCAUCUUCAGUACAAUCUCAUCAGCGUCCUCGCCUGUUCCUCUUUCUUCGUCGUCGGCGCUACCGUGUACAUCAUGAGGCGGCCCCGCCCCGUGUACCUGGUAGACUACGCCUGCUAUCGCCCGCCGGUGAAACUUGAGGUGCCCUUCCAGGUGUUCAUGUCGCAUUCGCAGCUCUGCGGGGCAUUCAACGAGUCGGCCCUUGAGUUCCAGCGCCGGAUCCUCGAGCGCUCCGGACUCGGUCAGGAGACCUACCUGCCCGCCGCGUUGCACGACCUCCCGCCCCGCCCUUCCAUGGCCACCGCCCGCGAGGAGGCGGAGCAGGUCAUGUUCGGCGCUUUGGACAACCUCUUCAAGAGCACCGGCGUCAAGCCCAAGGACGUCGGCAUCCUCGUCGUCAAUUGCAGUCUUUUUAAUCCCACUCCGUCCCUCUCCGCCAUGAUCGUCAACCGCUACAAGCUCCGCGGCAACAUCAAGAGCUUCAACCUCGGCGGCAUGGGUUGCAGCGCUGGCGUCAUCUCUCUCGACCUCGCUCGCGACCUCCUCCAGGUCCACCGCGCCACCUACGCGGUCGUGGUCAGCACCGAGAACAUCACGCAAAAUUGGUAUUUUGGGAACCGCAAGUCAAUGCUCAUCCCCAAUUGCCUUUUCCGUGUCGGAGCCGCCGCCGUGUUGCUCUCCAACCGUUCGGCCGACCGACGUCGCGCCAAGUACAAGCUCCUCCACGUGGUCCGCACCCACCACGGCGCCGAUGACAGGGCCUUCCGUUGCGUCUACCAGGAGCAGGACGAGAACAGCAAGGUCGGCGUGUCCCUCUCCAAGGACCUCAUGGCCAUCGCCGGGGAGGCACUCAAGAUCAACAUCACCACCCUCGGUCCUCUUGUCCUUCCAAUUAGCGAACAACUCCUCUUCUUCGCGACUCUCGUUGCCAAGAAGCUCUUCAAUGGCAAGGUGAAGCCCUAUAUCCCGGACUUCAAGCUCGCCUUUGACCAUUUCUGCAUCCAUGCCGGAGGCAGGGCUGUGAUCGACGAGCUAGAGAAGAAUCUGCAACUCCGACCUGAGCAUGUGGAAGCUUCACGGAUGACCCUGCACCGGUUUGGCAACACCUCCUCAAGUUCUAUCUGGUACGAGCUCGCAUACACUGAGGCCAAGGGGAGGAUGCGCAAGGGACAUCGAGUGUGGCAGAUUGCUUUUGGAAGCGGCUUCAAAUGCAACAGUGCAGUGUGGCAGGCUCUCCACAACGUGAAAGCUUCUCCAGAUAACAGUCCAUGGCAGGAUUGCGUCCAUAUAUACCCUGUUGAAAUCAUUGAUGGGUUUCCAACUCAGCCAUCAGAACACCAACAGUGAUUCAUUGGAAGCUUGGCAAAAUGAUAAAGCUUGAUAUAGUCAACCAGUUGCUUUGUGGAUUCGUCAGGUUAUUCUCACUUAGAUAUCAUAUUGCAAUUGUUCAUCAUCUCAUCAGCUAACUCAGUAUAUCGGCUGCCUUUGUACUGUAUUUGAGGGCCAUGCUACUUAGACAGCAGUUAACAUGCUAUGAUUGGUUUCGGUUUUACUACUCUUUUGUGUCACAUCCGUUCUCGUCUGGUUCGUAAAUUGGGUCUGUUUAUCUAUGAUUUAUGUUCUUAGUCUUACUCUUUGAGUAGCUCAGACUGGUUAUUUUGAAGUAA